GGGCCGCUUAUGAUCCGCGGUCCAGUGCCAUCAUGGCAGAUGACCGACAGCUGCCCAACAUACAAGAGGACUGCCUCCUCAAGAGUCCUUCGUCGUCGAGGCGAGAUCGGGUGUCGCGACUGGGGCGGGCCUUCGUCAAGCACCUCCAGUUCCACAAGAGUCGGCCGAUGGCCGCUCUGGCCUCGCUCACCCACAGACUCUCCUCGUCGUCGUCCAGCGAUAACCCGCGCAAAGGACUCACCCUCCUGGACAAAUCCUGCAGUAUGCCCGCCAUAGCACCACGCCUCCCCAGGUCCAGAUCCAACCACCAUAGGCAGAGCACCUCAGGCAGCACCUCUUCCUUAGGAUCUGAGCCCGGCAAGUCCUCGAAAGCCCCUUCCUCGACCUCCCUCCCCCGCAUCACACGCUCCCAGUACAACAUCCGCUGCCCUAAUGCGGGAUCGGAUGCUGAUUCCAUCUCUGCCAUCUCGCUUUACCUAGAGGAGCGGCGGCACAUGCUCAACGCCGCCAGGGAGGGACAACUCGUCGACCUCACCCCGGACGAGCCCCCGCAGCCCAGGAGAGUGGAAUUCUACAGAAGGAGAAGCCCCUCACCCAAACCCAAGAACGACCCUUACGGAAGGAGAUUACCCCUCACCCCACAAGAAGCGCUGGCCUAUUACGGAUCGCGAUUGAAUAAAUACGAGCGCGCAGAAAUUGCCCAGUAUCCACAGGUGUGGUACCUGGGCCUCGACGCCAGCAAGAUCGACGGGGAGCUGAGGGGGGCCCAGAAUUGUGGAUAUGACGACGACAACGGCUCUUAUAUAAAAGUUCUCCAUGAUCAUAUUGCCUAUAGAUAUGAAAUCUUAGAGGUAAUUGGAAAAGGUUCUUUCGGACAAGUGAUUCGUGCAUUGGACCACAGAACUGACCAACAGAUUGCCUUGAAAAUAAUCCGAAAUAAGAAAAGGUUCCACCAGCAAGCCUUGGUGGAAGUGAAGAUUUUGGAACAGGUGACGAAGAAAGACAGAGAUGGUUUCUACAACACCAUCCACAUGUUGGAUCACUUCUACUUCAGAAACCACCUGUGUAUCACUUUCGAGCUCAUGGGAUGCAACCUGUACGAGCUGAUAAAGAAGAACCAGUAUCAAGGCUUCAGUCUUGGCCUCAUUCGAAGGUUCGCCUUCUCUCUCGUCCAGUGCCUACGCCUCUUGUACCGAGAGAACAUCAUACACUGCGAUCUUAAACCGGAGAAUAUUUUGUUGAAGAGUCGUGGGAGUAGUUCUAUCAAAGUGAUUGACUUCGGCAGUUCCUGCUUCAGUAAUCAGAGGGUGUACACAUACAUCCAGUCAAGGUUCUACAGAUCGCCAGAAGUGAUCCUCGGCCUUCCAUACGGUCCCCCGAUCGAUAUGUGGAGCCUGGGUUGCAUCCUGGCCGAGCUGUACACCGGCUACCCCCUCUUCCCCGGCGAGAACGAAGCCGACCAGCUGGCCUGCAUCAUGGAGAUCUUCGGGCCCCCUCCAGCUUCCGUCCUUGAAGCAGCCUCCAGGAGAAGACUCUUCUUCGAUUCCAAAGGUGUUCCUCGCACACUCACCAAUAGCAAAGGUAAGAAGCGAAAGCCUUGCUCGAAGACGCUGGGUGUUGUGUUGGGCUGCAACGACGAGGAUUUCGUCAAUUUUCUCACUGGAUGCCUACAAUGGGACCCUGAGAAGCGGAUGAAGCCGGAAGAGAGCCACAGGCACCGCUGGUUGUCAGGCAACCGGGGGCCGGCCCACCGCAGGGCUUCCACCACAUCCACCUCGACUGUCAAGGAGAACAACCGAGAGAAGAAAGACCCUCGUGUGACCAGAGAGCCCAAGAACAACAACAACAAUAAUAAUAAAAGUAGUGCCCCAAAAGAAGCCAACAAAAAAACGCAACAACCCAGGAAAUUGAGCAGCAGCUCGACGAUGCCCCGCGUCUACAAGGCGUGCAAGACCAACAUGCGUCUGCGCGACUCUUCUCGGAAGGACUACAUCUACACCUCGCUCAGCAAGACAUCCUCCGAAGAGUCGUUGUUACUGAAGCAGGGAGAAUAUAGCUCAGACGAUCCCGUUCCACGCCUAUUCGAGCACAAAGACCCUCUAGAGGACUCAGGAACCUUCCUGCCUCCCAUCUUGUGACAGCAUCCCCUCGACACCGUGCUCAGGUCGUGCCUGCUCAGGGCAGCUCGCCUAGCCUCCAACAAGAACAGGCCUCCCACCUGGAGACGCUCCCAAGUCGUCCCCGUCGGAUAAUUCCCUCUCCUCCCAGCCCCGUCCUGACGUCACGGUGUUCGUCAAGAAACGUAAUUUUUUCCUUUCUGCGAUCUGACCACCUCUCAGUGUUCUUCAUCCUUCGUUUCCUUUUCUCUACUUGUCUCUGAUGCGUGGGAAGAUGGGACCGAGAAUUCCUAGACAGCGUCGUCUUCAUCUUUCAUUGAGUUCUAUGCAAUCAUGAGACGUAUUCAGUGUGCAUGGAGGCACGCUUCUGAUAAUCACUAUUUUCUUAAAUCGAAUAAAAGAUGCAGGAAACAUUCCAAAGUGGCAUGCCUCGAGUUGCCAAAGAAUAUAGAAGCUUAGGUAACAAGAGAGGAGAGGAAAUUGCUAUGAACUUCAGAGGGUAUUGACUUACAAGGAUCUGAAUCAAAGUGUUCAUAUUUUUUACUAAGAACAGAAAAGGAAAUAAGAUUGCGUGCUGUUAUUCGAAAUUGUAUAGUAUUUGCUGGAAAAGAAAAAGAGUAAAUAUUCAAAAGCUUGUUGAGGUUUAAAAAAAAGAAUUGAUUUUUUUUUCAAAAAAGGCAGUAAGGCUCUACUUUCAUACUGACACAUUUUCAAGUAAUACAAAGAAGCUUAUAAGAUGAACGAGGUGAACUGAGUGAUUUUGUAAGUUUCAUCCAUUCAAAUAUUGUUAAAACUUUUCUUCAAAGUCGAUUUUUUCUUGAAUUUCAUUUACUUUUAUUUUCUGAAUAGAAUUCCAUGUGCAUUCUAAGUCGAAUGCUAAAGAACUGUUCUUGAGCUGCCAAAUAAUUCCAUUAGUUUCUCAUAAAGAAACAUAUGAUUGUACAGAGACAAAUAGUGUUUGUCGUCAGAUUUGAUGAUGCAGAACUUUCCAAAUCCAAUUAGAAGGGAGGCCGAUGCGAGUCAUCCAGUGUUGUUGAAGAUAUCAUUAGAGAGAACCUAUUUUUCGAGCAAUGUGUCUGAAAGUUUGUGCAAAGAGGACAUUUUUGGGCUUACCUGUAUGUAAAUAUGUAAAUUAAAAAACAAAAGAGGACCAAACUAACUACAAACGUGUCGAGCACGUCCUGUGGUCUUAAAUAACUGUUCCAGCGGUGCUGCAUCUCCGAUGGUUCUAAAAAUGAGCGCGCGACGGUGCUCUUUUAUAUGAACAUGCGAUUCUUCGGUAAAUUUCAAAACACUUCUCUUUUCUUUCCAUCGGAUAGAAUAGAGUAGAAAGACGUCCAAGUUAAUCUCUCAAUCAUAUUUUGGGAAUUUGUUUUUUAGAGGAAGGGUUCCAGUAUUUUUAUCCAGAGGCUUUGAAAAGUUUUUAGAAUGCCAUUUUUGUAGUUAACAUAUUCUUCGUAUUGAAAUAUGAUAACAUCUUAUUUCCAACUUAUGAUAAUUUUUGAAAACUUCAAUCAUUAUUAUUGAGUAUUGUGUGUCGAAUUAUCAUUAGCCAUAGACAUUAUCAUUAGACAUAAAUAUUAGUUUAAAACAAUAGAGUAGCGAAAGUACCUAGUGAAAAUAAUUCAAAUAUUAAGGCAUUUUAAGCUUUUAAUUGUAAUAAGAUAUAGCAAACUUCAUUGACUGAGUUUUAUAAUGCUCAUUCCAAGAGCAGAUUGCACAAGUUAAAAAGCACAAAUAGUGGUUAGUUGUAAAUUGUUGAAUAAGGGUUACUAUCUUGUAUGCUUCUUAUCCAUUAUAUAUCCAUGCUAUAGUUUUAUUUUCCCUUGAAUUAGGAGAUUGCUUUAAUGAGAAUUUUAUGAAUAUUGAACUGGCUCUUUUAUUUCAUGAUCAUUUAUUCAUUUGAUAUAACAUUUCUGGCUACAAUAAUCAUCUUUCACAUCAUCUGACUCGUCUUUGUUGUGAUAGUAUAUACCAAAAAAGACUGAAUGUGAGAAGCAUCAAAAAAUCUGUAGAUUUUGAAUAAUCAGUAACUGCUGAUAAAAUCUGCUUGCCUCAUUGAUAAAUACACUAUUCUAAUUCUUCUAUGGUAAUUUUUUGAAAGCAGAGCUACUCGUCGAUCUUAGACUAGAAUUGAUUCAAUGUCAGUUACUAAUUUUCUUUUUCAUUUUAUAACUAUUUGGUUAACUUCUGAUUUCUUUUAGCUCAGAGUUAUGCCCUGAUGCAAGACUUAUUCAAUUAUUUAUUCUCACUUCAUUCGUUUAUAUUUCAAUGUACGAAGUAACAAAAACUAAAUUUCUCAUAUCAGACAGUCUAACUGUCACAGGUGAUGUAAUGCCAUUUAAAAGCCGGUAUUCCUUCUUAAAUAAAACUUCUACUUAGUAAAGAUUAAAGACGAAAGCAAUGUAAUAGAAUAAUUGGAAAGAUAUUUUGUUAUUUCAUAAUCAGAUGCUUUUUUUUUAUGGAAUUUUAAUUUAUUUG